AUCGUCUUCGUUUGUCCUUUGCCACUCGCGCUAGAGCGACGGGUUACUCGCGAUUCAAGAUGUCGGCGGUGUGUGUGUAUCCCAUGUGUGUCCGGGUGAGCCGGGGCCUCCUCAGGCUGAGGACUGAAGCAUCGGCUCUUGCAGCAGUGAAUUUAGGGAGAAGAUUCUCUGUAGAACCGGGGAAAGAGAAAGAGAGCGGAGCGACAGAAGGGCUGGCUCAGGCUAUACUACACCAGAGACUGCAGCAGCAGCAGCAGGGGACUCAGGGUCAACCUCCUCCUGGAGGGGAGGGCCACUCGGAGCAACAAAGCGAGGACAAGAAGCAGAAAGAGAACACGGCAUAUGCAAAGAAGGUGGUGCUUCGCCUGGCGGGGCUUAUGGGACUCGGUGGCGCAGUCGGCGUCAUCUACAUCUUCGGUAGCAACUCAGUUGAUGAACAUGGAAACAAGAUACCAGAUGAGUUUGAUAAUGAUGGACCUGCUAUCCAGCAGCUCAAGAGAACUUUUAAGUAUUUUAAAGACUAUAGACAGAUGAUCAUCGAACCCACAAGUCCGAAGCUUCUCCCUGACCCGCUGAAGGAGCCAUAUUACCAACCUCCAUACACCCUGGUCCUGGAGCUCACUGAUGUUCUCCUUCAUCCGGAAUGGUCGUUGGCCACAGGCUGGCGUUUUAAGAAGCGGCCAGGCAUCGAGUACCUGUUCCAGCAACUAGCGCCGCUUUACGAGAUUGUCAUCUUUACAUCCGAAACUGGCAUGACGGCAUUUCCGCUGAUUGACAGCAUAGACCCACAGGGCUUCGUCAUGUACCGUCUCUUCCGCGAUGCCACACGCUACAUGGAGGGCCAUCAUGUCAAGGAUGUAUCUUGUCUGAACCGAGACACCUCUAAAGUAAUUAUAGUGGACUGCAAGCGAGAGGCCUUCAGCCUGCAGCCCUUCAACGGCAUGGCACUUCGCAAGUGGGAUGGCAACUCGGAAGACCGCACCCUCUAUGACUUGGCUGCCUUUCUUAAAACAAUUGCAACGAACGGUGUGGAGGAUGUGCGUACUGUACUGGAGAACUACGCCCAUGAGGAGGAUCCCAUUGAGGCGUUUAAAAGGAGACAGGCACAGCUUGCACUGGAAGAGGAGCAAAGGCUAGCAGACAUUUCUCAGCAGAAGAAGCAAGGCUUAUCUUUAGGCUCCAUUGCAGGCCGUUUCUGGUCCCGCAAGCAGCAGUAAAGGUUGUGCUCGCUGAAGGCUGGCAGUUCAGGCCACCCUGGGCAGUGACUGGUCAGAAUGGCAAUGCCGCAGUCACUGGGCAGGUGGUACUCCUGGCUGCAUUGGGAGGAGAAUAAGGGGGGUGAAACAUCCAGUUCCUUCCACUGAAUGCUUGCUGUUAUGGUGUGGGAGAGAAAUUGGUAAAUUCCAAAAAGACUUUCAGUACCAGUGUUCUGGUGAAGGCACUCUCUGGACUGAACACAGCCUACAGCCUUCCUCUGAUCUCAGUUGUUGUGUUUGUGUCUGCAAAUUUGUUCCAAAGGUCUACAUACCUGGACCAAUUUUUCUCCACUUCUUAGCUCAUACAUUUUUUUCUACUCAUACAAUGAGUAGAUCUACCACACCUUGUAUUAGAAGAUCAUAUGUGGCUCGUUUAAGACCCCCAAUCCCAGUUAGUGCUAUCUAGAGCACAGCUAGGGCAUGGCUACACAAUUGACCUAAGGAGCUAUGUACUGGAAUUGUGUACUUUUGCUGCUGUAAGGACUGCAUUCGUGUCACAGAUCGCCAGAUUGUAGUUCACAUUAAGUGACGUGACAUCUAACGACAUUGACAAGGUGCCAUUUCUGUUUCUAACUGCAAUGGUACACGAUAUUUAAUGUUUGUGUAAUGCAUUUAAUGUGAAUCACUUGAAUAAACACAACUUAAACACUAAA